GCUGAAGCCAGUCUGCUGGCAGCGGCUCAGCGCUCCGACCGAAGCUCCAGCCGCUGUUCCCGGAGCUGCCGCUGACCCUUUCCGCUCCUCCGUCCGCUCUUCCUCCUCCUCAACUCAGCCUCGCUGCUGUCAGGUUUCCAGAAGCUGUCCAGUCAGAUGAAAGUGGGCUUUGAUUGGAGCAUGACUGAUAUAAGAUAAAACUUUAUUAAUCCCUCAGGUCAGCCGUGUGGACAGACAGACAGACAGCAGCAGCCAUGGAGCAGAAGUCGUAUGUCGAGUACCACGACUUGGAGGCUGCCGAAGCACUCGUCAGCAUGAGCUUCUGGGGUCAAAGGUCGCACAAGCCCCGCCCACUGACGCCCACCUCCGACUCCUGUGACUCUAUCCAACUCCACUCAGAGGGCACAGAUACACCGAAAGACCUGAUCGCCCUCUCCUCGUUGUGUAUAACUCCGCCUCAAAGUCCAAGCUUUGCCGAGGCCUCUGCCACUCCCAUCCUCACCAUCGCCUCCAAACCGCACUUGCCCUCCCCCGCCCUUCACAGCGACCCCCAUGCCGUCACUUCAGAGAUCUCAGCACUUGCACCUCACUCAGAGUCGGCCUGUGUGGCUCCACCCAGCAGAGCAAUGGCCACCAGUGUCAUCCGCCACACCGCCGACAGCCUCAGCCUUCCUCUGCCCAACACCGAGCUGUCAGAAACUUCCACACAGCCUCCGCUGCCAAUUCUGCAGACGCUUCCAGAGGAGAAGGACGACCCUCCCCCAACUCCCGACACCCCACCAUCGCCUCCCGCCUCAGCUUCUCCGCCUCACUCGCUGUCUUCCUCACCGCUGCUCUGCCAGGUUUUCCCGGUGAACGGCCGAACGGGGAUGAUUUCCGCCUUCGUCCAGGCUCCAGUUCAGGUGCAGGGGCCGGGCGGGCCCAAGCCCAUCCUUCCCCAGUCUCCCACUCCCAGCUUCGCCCAGCCGCUGCUGCUGGGCUCUGCCGUGCCGCAAGGGACUGUGAUGUUUGUGGUGCCACAGCCACCCGUGCCCCAGCCGCAACCGGGCCCGCAGACCGUCAUGACCUUGGGCAACACCAAGCUCCUCCCACUCGCCCCAGCUCCUGUUUACAUGCCUUCAGGAGCGAACAGCGGCACCUCGCAGGCAGACUUCUCUCGCAGACGGGACUACGUGUGCACUUUCCCUGGGUGCAAAAAGACCUACUUCAAGAGUUCACACCUCAAGGCUCACCUGCGCACACACACAGGUGAGAAGCCGUUUAGCUGUCACUGGGAGGGCUGUGACAAGCGGUUCGCCCGCUCCGAUGAGCUUUCCCGCCACCGCCGCACGCACACCGGUGAGAAGAAGUUUGUCUGCAGCGUGUGCGAACGGCGGUUCAUGCGCAGCGACCAUCUGACCAAACACGCCCGACGGCACAUGACUACCAAGAGGGCGUCAUCGUGGCCCGGCGAAACCCGAGACCUCAGCAAAGGCGCCCUGCCGAAGGGUCAGAACAGAGGCCCAGCACUUCCUGUUGGCGUGCUGGUUCCUGCCGCCAACUAACUAACAGACUAGUGUCACUCACAGGGCCAUCUCAGGAGCCCCGGGGGGAGGGGCCAAACACCGACCAGACUCUUAAAGAGUGACUGUGACUGGUUGUUUCAAUCAGCUCCGCCCACCACAUCAGGACGAUGUUUUGUACUCGGCUACGUUUACACGACCUCAGAACAGGGUCAGACACACCUGGACUCGUUUUACAGGGACCUGUCCUGCUCACUUCCUGCUCUGAAGGGUAGCUUAGCAUGAAUGCCAGUUCAAAAUAAGCCUCAGUUAUCUAAAACCCGCCUUCCAUUCAUGAUCUCUCUAAAAAAGCCGCCAUGGCUCAGAUCACACUGGCUUCUCAUUGGCCAGGGUCUGGAAGCCUGCUGAGGGGAGAACAGUAGAUUUACUUCAGCUAUAUUAGUAUAUGGAAGUUCAGGAAACAGGCACCAGUGAUCGAGGGCGUUUUGUCCUUAACCGACCAAUCACCAUGUGUUAGCAGAAUGCUAACAGCUUCACUGUGAGAAAAACUGAAGAACCUUUAUUACCAGGAAGUGAUUGCUCUUCUAUAUAAGGAGAUCUGUCACUAGCUGUUGUCAGCUUGUCACAGAAGUGGCAGGAAAAAAACCCCAAAACCCCGUUGGUCCCGUGAUUGAUGUUUCAGCACAUGUAUGACGCAGACAGGAGAGCAGAGCAGGUCCCUUCAGGAGUUUAAGGCCGUCCUUCGAGUGGAGGAGGCGCUCAGAUGAAUCCAGUUCUUUUCUAUGUUCAUGCUGCCGAGAGUCAAACGAUCUGAGUGCCGCUGUUUUCCUGUUACUUUUGUUAACGUAGACAUAGCCGUUGUCAGCAGAGGACGGCAAGCUUUCUCCACCAUUCUCAGGACAUUUUAUUUCCACAAUCCACAAACACACCGCCGCAGGAGGAGGAGGAGGACCUGAAGGCACCAGGCUGCUACUCACUCACAGACACCCACACAAAGCCGACGUUGCACUGGAAUAUUUUUGAAUCUCACUUGUUUUUGUACUCUCUCUCUCUCUCUCACCCGCCGUGUACCAUCACGGCUGCGUCUUUUUAGCAACUCGUUAGCGACCUGUUAGCGACUCGUGUGCACUCUUAUUGUUUGCCAAAGCCUCAGUAUCAUGCUUCUUAGCCCACUUCUGUUCUGACUGUAAAUACUGUAAAUAUCUUGAUAUCUAUAUGAGUGUUAUGUGUAAUCCGAUCUACAUUUAUUCACAGUACGAGAUAUUAAUAUUUUAAGAGUCUGUGGACAGUAUUCGUUACUGUGAUACUACCUACUAUCUUUGCUUUACACAUUAUUAUUAUUAUUAUUAUUAUUAUUAUUAUUAUUAUUAUCAUUGUUAAUAUUAUUAUUAUUAUUAUUUAAUAAACAUUUGUUGAGGAAAGUGCUGUUUUUGAUAGCUUGAUUUGGCCCAUAGUGUAGCCAGUAAAAAUACCUCAUGUUAUUAAAUGUUAUUCUUAAUAAUAACAGCUUAUAUUAAAAUAAUCCUUUUCUUUUUCUUUUGAACAUUUGCCUGUACGCCACGGUGAUGGUGAAGAAAAAGGCUUUUAUAAUAAAAUGUUACCACGA